UUCAUUAUCACUGUAACUUGUCAAAGAAGAACUGAAUGAGCUUUCAGGUUUGGCUCCUUGGAAGCUGCUUCUCCUUUUAAAAGGCCUCGCUAGCAAUGGACCCAUACGUGAUUCAGAUGAACGGCACUGGCAACCUGCCCUCAGUUCUGGACGUGCAUGUCAACAUCAGCGGGAGAAGCUCUGCACCAGGAAAAACGAAAGGCAGGAAGGCCAGAUGGUCUGUGAGGCCCUCGGACAUGUCCAACAAAACUUUUAAUCCCAUCCGGGCCAUCGUAGACAACAUGAAGGUGAAGCCAAAUCCAAACAAAACCAUGAUAUCUCUGUCAAUCGGAGACCCCACUGUGUUUGGAAACCUACCUACAGACCCUGAAGUUACUCAAGCAAUGAAAGAUGCCCUGGACUCGGGGAAAUAUAACGGCUAUGCUCCGUCUACUGGCUACCUAUCCAGUCGGGAGGAGGUCGCUUCUUAUUACCACUGUCCCGAGGCACCUCUAGAAGCUAAGGACGUCAUUUUGACAAGUGGCUGCAGUCAGGCUAUUGAACUUUGUUUAGCUGUGUUGGCCAACUCGGGGCAAAACAUUCUAGUUCCGAGACCUGGUUUUUCUCUCUACAAGACUUUGGCUGAAUCUAUGGGGAUUGAGGUCAAAUUCUACAAUUUACUGCCAGAGAAGUCUUGGAAAGUUGACCUGAAACAACUGGAAUCUCUGAUUGAUGAAAAGACAGCUUGUCUCAUUGUCAAUAAUCCAUCAAACCCCUGUGGGUCAGUGUUCAGCAAAAGUCAUCUUCAGAAGAUUCUGGCAGUGGCUGAAAGGCACUGUGUCCCAAUCUUAGCUGAUGAGAUCUAUGGAGACAUGGUGUUUUCGGGUUGCAAAUACAAACCACUAGCCACCCUCAGCACCAACGUCCCCAUCCUGUCCUGUGGAGGGCUGGCUAAGCGCUGGCUGGUUCCUGGCUGGAGGUUGGGCUGGAUCCUCAUCCAUGAUCGAAGAGACAUUUUUGGCAAUGAAAUCCGCGAUGGGUUGGUCAAGCUGAGUCAGCGGAUCUUAGGACCCUGCACCCUUGUCCAGGGAGCUCUGAAGAGCAUUCUGCGACGCACCCCUCAGGAGUUCUACCACAAAAUUCUAAGCUUCCUCAAGUCCAAUGCUGAUCUCUGCUAUGGGGCAUUGGCUGCCAUCCCUGGACUCCGGCCAGUCCUCCCUUCUGGGGCCAUGUACCUCAUGGUUGAAAUUGAGAUGGAACAUUUCCCAGAAUUUGAGAAUGACGUGGAGUUCACAGAGCGGUUACUUGCUGAGCAAUCUGUCCACUGCCUCCCAGCAACGUGCUUCGAGUACCCGAAUUUCUUCCGAGUGGUAAUCACAGUCCCCGAGGUGAUGAUGCUGGAGGCUUGUAGCCGAAUCCAAGAGUUCUGUGAGCAGCACUACAAUUGUGCUGAAGGCAGCCAGGAGGAGUGUGACAAAUAGGCCCUCGUCCAUUCUCCUGAGGAUGUGUCCCACUCGGGGAGGGCUGGACUGAGCCUUGCUGCACCUUAGGGAGUCAGAUGCCCCUCCUGGGAGAGAAGCCUCAAAAGCACCAUGUCAAGGGUUCGGGAUUGCUCCUGCUUUUCCCCAGUUACAUCCACAUAUAACCCUGAAUCCAAUUCUCCUCUCGCUCUGCUCUGCUGGAGUAACUCACUAAUUCAUUAAUCUGUCCUCCUCCUAUAUGACUUCCUCCUUUUUUCCCUGACAGCACCAAGUGAACAAAGUUUACUAGAAAGCAGUCAUGACAAGAAAAAUAAGGUCAUGAUGAGAGAAACAAAAGAUUGACAGAACUUGUGCCCCCAACCAUUUCCUCAUAUUCUACGUAAGAACAUACUCUCUCCAGUCAGGUCUGAAGCCCAGCUCUGUUACUGCCUCACUUCAGGUAUACCUCGCUUUAUGCAACAGAAUUACAACUGGAAAGAAGCUGGGGACACAUUCAUUUGGUUAAUUAUAUUACAAACACAUUAGGAAAAGUUAUUUGAAGGAUCCCUGAUAGAAUUUUGUAAAUUUUUAAAAAGAAUUAUUUUGUGAUGCAAAUAAAUAUCCUUUAAUUGA